AUGUCGAAGUUCUACUGUCAGGAUCAUAUCAUCUUCUGCGGCGCCAAAAAGAAAAUAACUGUCACCGUUGAGUAUCUCAGUCCAUCGAAUGUUCAAGUUGAGAAAUCCCUUGAUAUCACCUUGACCGAUGACGCUGAUAUGUACUUCUUAUUCACUGCAAAAAUCUUUGCCUCAGAUUUCCAGAAGUUGAAGGAACAGCAGGGUUUAAUAGUUGAAUACAAUGCAUUUGGCCAAAUGAUUGCUGAUCUGCUCACCAAAUGUCUAGCAGAAGAGAAUAACAACUCACCUCGAUAUAUUUUGCAAUUUUCUGAAACCUCUGAGCCUCAUAUGCUUGAAAUUGUGGAAACAACGGAUUUUCGUCGUUUAACGCAUUUGGCCAUUAACUUCACUGCAGCCUCUGAUGAAACUCUUAAAGCCUAUCUUGUUUCCUACAUCAAAAAAUCUAAGGCUGCUCACGAGCUAACUUUGGAAAAGUUGCGCCGCUCGGAGUCUGUCCUCAGUCAGCAGCUCGCUUCGGCGUCUCAGGCGAUUGAGCUGCUAAAAUCCAAGCAUUUCUCUGAAUUAGAAGCUCUUCAAACAGCUCACAAAGAUGAAAUUUCGGGCCUUAGGUCAAAACUGGAGUCACAAGCAUCUCUACUGGCUACAAAUACCCUUCGUGAGGACGAGCUGAAGUCUCAGAUCAUCGAGCUUUCGAAAACUUUAAAAGAGACUGAAUCUGCCCUCAAUAAGGUUCAAAGUGACAAUGAUGCUCAGAAGUCGGAAAUUCUGUCAUUGAAAGUCAAAAGCGAGCAGCUCCAGUUAAAUAUUUCCCAACUAACGGCAAAGCACGACAGCAUGGAGUCCAUGUUUGCUGUAGAGCAACGCAGAGCCAGCUCUUUUGAGUCAGAGUGUAGUACUCAAAGGAAUCAGUUGAGGGAGAUGCAGGAAGAUCUUCAAAAAAAAGUGAAACAGGUGGAGAAGCUGGAGAGGCUCAUGAAGCAGCAGGCCUCUGAAGUCACCAAGGCAAAUAGUAUCAUCAAGCAGCUACAAAAGGAACUGAAAGUCACCCAGAACAAGGCGAAACUACGCGGUCAGGUGGCGACGGAGCAGGAGAAGGUACUGACCGCAAAGGAGUCUGAACUAGAGGAAAUACAGACGGCACUGCAGGACCUUCGGGGACGCUUGCAAGCCGAAGAGGGGCGUCGCGAGCAGGGAGAGGUCCAAAUCAGUCGGCUACAGGCCUCUCUCGAGGAAGCAAAAAAGACCAUCGAAAAUAAUGAAAAUAUAAUCUCCUGGUUAAAUCGCCAAAUUUCCGAGUCCUACACCCGGUCCUGGCAGCAGCGUCUUAAGUCGACGGGGAUCACGACGAUACCGUCCUAUAUGGUCGGUAAACAGCCGCCACUAUCAGCACCACUGUCUUCGCAACUGCCGCUCGGCACAAAGAUCAACAAUGAGGGUCUAAAACCUAUCACUGGCUGCUCUAAUAUCGCACCUUCCUCGUACCACCCUCUAACUUCAUCUGCAUUUGCGUCGGGUUUAGCCACUGCUGUUACCUCUCAAACAGCAUCUGCUGGUUCAGUCACCCUGACAACUAGUGAAGCUAGACCCGAGUCGAGAACCUAUGGUGUCAGCCCCGGCCUCUUGUGCCAUACUGGUAAGGAGAAUUAUUUGGGAAAUCGGCCUUCUACCAAUGCUUCUGGUGUCGCCACCGCUACUAACAGCACUACAGUAGCAGUGGCACCUACUUCUGUAGCAUCGGUUCCAAGUACACUGAAUGGCAUCACUUCGGAGAUGGCAAGUCUCUCUGUCCGUCCACCACAAACCCUGCUGUCAUCACGACAACAGCAGCCUCUCCAGUCCGACACCAGGCCUCUGGUGAACGGCACCUUGGUAGCAAGUGAAUGUGAGAGUAGUUUGAGCCGUCCGCCCCAAUCUGAUCAACACCAACUUUCAUCUUUGCUUUCUGCCUACUUCCCCCAGGCAACUGGACCUACCUAG